AAAAUAUAGUCUACCUAAUAGCAGUGUUCAUGUUUCUUUCUCCUCUAACAAACGCCAAAGCGUUGGCACCAUGUACUGCUUCUAAAUUUCUGCUCUGCAUGCUUUGGAAACCAAACCACACAUACACCAAAGCAUUCACAUACCAUUAACACACUCUUAUUUUCUCCGCUAUGUGUACUCCUUGCAUGUUACUGUUAUCUAUUUCUUUCAUUUAUAUGUUAUGGUCUCUUGGGACAUAUUUUGUGUUUACGUUGAAUAUUUUUGUGAUAUUAGUAAUGGGUACUGAUUUUUUGGUGAUUUAGGAGACAGCGUUUAUGAUUCUGCUUGUCGAAGCUACGGGGUUUUCGAGUUUUGAUUCAAUUGGGAGUGUUUGGGGUUGAUGGGUCCCGUGGGAGGGUUGAAAAAGAGAAGGAAGGUAGAGAAGAAGCCUGAAGAAAAUGGUUCUGGUUCCUCUGAGAAGGGAGGGUCUGUUGAUUGGUGGGAUGAGUUCUCCAAGAGGAUUAAUGGUCACCAUUUUCCACAAAGGGGUCUGGAUAAGUUCCAGUCUAUUUUUAAGAUCUCCAGAAGAACUUUCAACUACAUAUGUUCACUUGUGGAGGAUCAUAUGAUGGCUAAGUCAAGGAAUUUUACCUUUACAAAUGGCAAACCUGUGUCAUUUCAUGAACAAGUAGCAGUAGCUUUGAGACGGUUAGGCUCUGGGGACUCACUGCUUGCAGUUGGUGAUUUAUUUGGGCUGCAUCACUUUACUGUCUCCCAAAUGACAUGGCGCUUUGUUGAGGCUAUGGAAGAGAGGGCACUUCAUCACCUCCGAUGGCCUUCAAAUGAAACAGAAAUGACAGAAAUAAAGUGCAAGUUUGAAAAGAUGCAAGGCCUUCCUAAUUGUUGCGGAGUCAUUGAUACCACUCACAUCUCUAUGUGUUUGCCUUCAUCAGAUCCUGACGGCAAGGUGUGGCUUGAUCAUCAGAAGAAUUACAGCAUGGUCUUGCAGGCAAUUGUCGACUCUGAGAUGAGGUUCCGAGACAUAAUCACUGGAUGGCCAGGUAAAAUGGAAGAUUGGUUGGUUUUUCAGAGUUCAUCUUUCUAUAGACUGUGUCACAAAGGACAAAGGUUGAAUGGGAAAAAUCUAGUGCUCUCUGAAGGACUGGAAAUACAGGAAUAUAUAGUUGGGGAUUCAGGAUAUCCUUUGUUGCCGUAUUUAGUUACACCUUACAAGGGGAAAGAACUACCAGAAUCAAAAGCUGAGUUCAAUAAACGGCUGUCAGCAACCAGGUUGGUAGCUCAGCGGGCAUUUGCAAGGUUGAAGGAAAUGUGGAGGAUCAUCCACGGAGUAAUGUGGAGACCUGACAAACAUAAGUUGCCAAGGAUCAUUCUUGUUUGCUGCUUGCUUCAUAACAUUGUUAUCGAUUUGGAAGACGAGUUUCAGGAUGAACUGCCUUUGUCUUACAAUCAUGAUGAGGGUUACAAGCAGCGUUGCUGUGGAACCGUGGAUGUAAAGGGUGUAGACCUAAGAGAUGAGCUUUCUUUCUACUUGUCAGGCAAAUUGCCCCCUGAUUUCUCUACAUUUUCAGUGCCUCAGUCAUAGUUUUCUUAACAUACAGGAGCUUUAAAGCAGGAUUUUUAACUGGUAAUUGUUCAUAUCAAGUUGGUUUUCUUUUGUUCUCUUUUGAAAUCGUAAAUGCUUCAAUGACCGUUGCAAUUUUUGUGUUAGGUUCCUUUAAAUUUACAAAUACAAGGUCCUGGCUGAA